AAGACACCGGGGUGCCGGGUCACGAGCAGCCACACGUGGUGCUGCCCGCUGGCCGGUAAUGACCCAACCAUCCCCCUGACUGCGUGGGAGCGGAGGAGACGCAGCGCUUCGUUGAGAUCGGCUUCUGCCAGGAAUUGGCGCGGAGCGAUGAGAAUCGCUCGCCGCCAUGGGAGUCACGUUCAGCGCGGCCAAGCAGCGCCUGCUCUCCGCAUUCCAAGCGACCCAGCACGCCGCACCCCCUCCCGACCUCGGCAUGGCUGUGAUCAUUAAAGACUUUCCAGAAUGGCAACCGCUAUUCGCAGUCGGCGAGAAAGUCAAGAUAACAGGCGUGGAUGGAGACUGGUGGAAAGUCAUGUCCUUCUGCAACAACAGAGAGGCCUUUAUCCCUGCCAGCCACACGGUGAAAGUGAAAGACAGGUGGCUCUUUGAAGGCUUGAUGCGGGAGGACGCCGAGAGGAUCCUGUUGAUGGAUGGCAACCACGGAGGCUCCUUCCUCGUGAGAACCAGCACCAGCAACCGCAAUAUGUACGCGCUGUCCGUGCGUCGCCAACGUCCCUCCGGCGCGCCGGACGUCAUCAAGCACUACCGGAUCCACACGCAGCCCAACGGCAUGUGCUACAUCAGCCAGCGAGCACAGUUCGAGUCCCUGGACGAACUGGUCGACCAUUAUAUGGAGCAAGACGACGACGUCUGCAAGCAGCUGAGGGAGCCCUGCUUCUCCCGGCUCCCCGGAGAAUUGCGCAGGAUGAACGUGGCGCCGCCACCCCCGCCUAAAGCUGAGCCCCUCAGGGACUCGGUCCGCUACUGGCAAAGCCUCCACAGGCAACCCAGCUCGAUGUGUGUAGAGGCUCUGUCCGCGAACAGAGUCAGCUACGGACUGCUGGAGAGCAUGCGGGAUCAUCUCAACUUUUCCGGGAUGAAGAGCGACAGCUAAAGAAUGACCGCUGGACACAGAAGUCGUUACCCAAACAAGCUAGCGGAGAGUUGAGUCGACCUUCACGGCCACCGCUCGCUUCUGCUGCUGCUGUUACGAUGUGGCCGUGCUGCGGUAACAGCUGCAGCUGCUAAAUAAGAAUUAUGGCUGCUGCAGAACAUUUCCGCUGCGGGAGAGGCUCGGUUCGCCUGUGAAGGUUACCACCGAAGCAAAAUUGGAAUGUAUUUUUUCAUACACAAGUUAUGCUCAACAAUGUAUCCGCGGGGCUUUAAGGAGAUUUGAAGGAGCUCUAUCUGACGCGAGCUCCAAACGCCCUCGCUGUGAACGGGAGCUUUGGACGGCUCGUAGUCUGUACGCGCGCACGCCCCUUCUGCUCCAUCCACUGCUGGAUGAGGGACACUCCUGUACAGCUCUCGCGGGGGGGGGGAGGGUUAUUUGACCAUACUUCACCACGCUGGACAGCGUGGCUUCGUGAAGGUGGAAAAGCGCAGAUGUGGGAAGCAUGCAAGUACAGCACAACAAUGAACUUUGCUGUACUUACUUGCCAGCUACCUACCGCCUAGCCCCACAGCGGCCGAUAGCAACCCGUUUGUGCAUCAUGGUCACCAAUCAAAGCACCCUCUCGGAUCAACAUUGCUUAGUACCUGAUAGGUUGAGCACAUUCCUGGUGAUUAUACGCAGAAUAACAGAAUACUCUCCGUAUAUACAUAUGGAAAACUGAAUAUUGCAGGGAUCUUGACAUUGUGUUCAUAAAACAUGUAUAAUGUGUAUCCACACAUUGUAUGGAUACCAUUCUACAGGUUUCAUCAUUCACUUUAAGAGUAAAAUUGCUAGACUAUUGCACAGGAAUUUUGUUCAACAUUGUAAAAAACAUGCUUUCGGAAAUGAUUUCUAAUCGAGCUAUGCAAGUAUGAAUGUACUUAUUUAUUUUGUUUCUCUUCUGAAAUAAUCUAAUAAUUUAAAUGUUCAGUAAAAGGCUUCACUUUACGAUCGAGGGACAGGAUGUGGCUGGACCACUUCCCUGCCCUACAUAAGCAAUAUUAGUUUAUUUUUAAGUAUCAAUCUCAUCGAUAUUUUGUUACUAAAUGAUUCUUUGUACCGCUAUCUUUCAUUAUCUGCUCAAAAAAUAAUACAAUUUUCCAGCGCGGCAUUAUUGUCAGUUGUAUUGUUUCAGGAAAAAUAUUUUCACUUGCAACGGAUAUCAUCCGGUCAGGUGGCUCAACGUGAGCGGAUGACAAAGCCCACCAUCCAACCAGGGUCGAUAAAAUGAGUAGCAGUUUAUGGGGAAGUUAACAGUGGUCCUCCAAUAGAUAUACUCGCCCCCGCCAUAUGCACGUGGAAUUUCCACCGGCUCAGUGUUACAGAGAAGAGAUGAGCACCGCCUCAAUGCCCAUUCGAGUAGAAAAUCAGUUUGACCUUUUGCCAUUUGAGCUUGGUUGCUGUUCCGCCUGAGCGGCU